CUGCGACGGGAGCGUGGAAAGAAAAUAGUGGAUAUUAAUUAGAACGGCGACGAUGACCGUGACCACCACAUCCACUUGUUGAAGCGGAUAAUCCUUUUCCAGCAUGGCAAGUCUCAGGGGAACCUGGAUACUGCGGCCUAUAGCCACAUACCGGACCACAAGAUCCCGCUCACCGAAUCGGGUCGGGUCUAGGCACGGGAGACAGGUGCCCAAUUGCAGCUUGCAGUACCUGAUCUCCUCCGACUGGCGAUUCAAAAAAUACUUGCGAGUUUACUUCUACGUCUCCCCGUACGACUGCACUCGAUCCACGCUGCGGGAGAUCGGCAAAGCCUUCGAUAGGAAGUGGAUCAUCGGGGAUAGAGAAGAGUGUCAGGUUCGUAAGCAGGAUUUCGGAAAUUUCCAGGUCGCGGCGAGGAUGAAUGUCAUAAAAGAGGCUAGGGAGAGGUUUGGGAGAUUCUGCUUCUGUUUCCCUAAAGGAAAUUCUGUUGUUGAUGUCUUCGAUCGCGUUUCCACUAUGUUGGCAAUCCUGUUACUAUAGUAGAUUAAUUUGUUUUGUGGUACUCUGUAUAGCUAUUAAGCUGCAAUAUUUGGAGCAUUAAUUUUCUUUCUCCUUUAUCAGAUUGAAAUCUUUGUAAGUGUUGCCAUAUUUUGAUAGAGUUUCAUUAGUCGUCUCGAGUUCACUCGAAAACACACCAAAAAUAUAGCACAAUAUUUGUA